UUAUGUGCGUGCUUCUUGUGAAAAGUGCUUGUGUGGAGAAAAAUAAAUUAAUAUGGUUUCUGAUGGAAUAAUAAAGAGCCCAUGGCCAGUAAGAAACGUGGAGGAUGCGAAACGGAAAACAGUUUGGGAAUUCAUUGAAUCACGAUUGCCUCAAAUUGCUGCUGCAGACCAAAACAAGAAAUUAUUCAUCGAUGGCUCAACUGACGACACACUCACGUAUGCUCAAUUUUUUGAAAGGGCGAAACGUUUGUCAAGUUUCUUCCACUUGAAUGCUGGAGUGCAAAAAGGAUCAAAAGUGAUUGUUUGUUGUAAGAACAACCUAAACUUCUAUGUGCCAGUUUAUGGCGCCAGUGCACUUGGUGCCAUUGUUUUCAUUGUUCCUGUAUUUUCGCAUGAUUGCAUACCAGCUUGUUUGGCGGAAGAAGCUCCGGUUUCAGUCAUUGUCACUGACAAGGCCAUGCUGCCAAUCAUUUUAAAAUAUGUUGCUGAGUCAGUGGAUGAUGACACAAAAAUUGCCUCGAAACCAACAAUUAUCUUCAUGGAUUACGAGAGCGAGACUUACGAAAGCAUUCCUUCAAUUAUACAAUCGAGCGAAGACGACGGAAAGGAGGCAAUGGAACUGCCAAAAUGUGAACCAAUGGACGAUUGCUUCGUUUUCUACUCCAGCGGCAGCACAGGCCCUUCAAAACCAAUCACACACAGCCACGCGAAUAUGCUUUCAUUCCUCGUGAAUUCGCCUGAAUCGUGGUUUGGGGACGACAAAUAUGAAGAAAUUCGUCUCACAAAUUUAUAUCAAGGACACAUCGCAGCAGCCGUGAUUUUCCUUCAGAUAAUCGCUGUUGGGUCCACUUCCGUCAUAUUUACUGAUUUUAAACCGGAUCAGCUUAUCCCUGCCAUAGAGAAGCACAAGGCGAUGGCAUUGGGUUUGUAUCCCAGAGAGGCAAUUUACUUGUCCAAGGCGGAAAACUGGCAAGACUUUGACUUGUCUUCGGUGCGAGAAAUUUGUGCAGCUGCUGCAACAUUCCCCAUGUCGAUUUUGGACAAAAUCAGAACGAUUUUCCCUAACGUGCAGAAGCCACUAUUUCAGGUUUAUGCGAGCACAGAGCUCAUUUACAUCUGCACUUCUUCCGGCGUUGAAGCGAAUGAGGCUGAAGCAGGAGUUGGACACGUGAUGCCAUCUGUUCAGAUCACCAUUGUGGACGUUGUCACCGGAGCGACUCGAGGACCAAAUGAGCCCGGAGAAAUUUGGAUUAAAAGUCCUUUCCGUCUAAAAGAAUACCGAAAUCGUCCUGAGCUCACGAAAGCCGCGUUGACUGAUGACGGCUGGUUCAAGAGCGGGGAUUAUGGGUUCUACGACAAUCACACGAGAGUUCACAUCUUGGAUAGGGUCAAGGACCUCGUCAUUCUUCAAGAAAUUUGUGCAGCUGCUGCAACAUUCCCCAUGUCGAUUUUGGACAAAAUCAGAACGAUUUUCCCUAACGUGCAGAAGCCACUAUUUCAGGUCUAUGCGAGCACAGAGCUCAUUUACAUCUGUACUUCUUCCGGCGUUGAAGCGAAUGAGGCUGAAGCAGGAGUUGGACACGUGAUGCCAUCUGUUCAGAUCACCAUUGUGGACGUUGUCACUGGAGAGACUCGAGGACCGAAUGAGCCCGGAGAAAUUUGGAUUAAAAGUCCUUUCCGUCUAAAAGAAUACCGAAAUCGUCCUGAGCUCACGAAAGCCGCGUUGACUGAUGACGGCUGGUUCAAGAGCGGGGAUUAUGGGUUCUACGACAAUCACACGAGAGUUCACAUCUUGGAUAGGGUCAAGGACCUCGUCAUUCUUCCGAACGGAAUCGCUGUUCCACCGUCGAAAAUUGAGGACAUCAUUCUGCAGCACCCGGCAGUUUUUCAAGUCGGAGUCGCGGGAAUUCCGUCCGAGAAAGAGGAGGGAUGUUUGCCUCGGGCAUUCGUUAUUCUGAAGCCAGAAGCUGAAAAGCUCGAGGAGAAGGAUAUCGUUAAUUUUGUAGCUGCGAAUACCACGGAAGCGAACUACAACUUGUCUGGAGGAGCCGAGUUUAUUACAGGCAUGGUGACGAGCCCAGGCGGAAAAAUCUAUCGCAUGAAGUUGAGGGAAGACUAUCUGAAACGAUUUGAAAAUAUUUGAAUUAAAGUGCUACUCAAGAUCAGCGAAUAAAAAACAGAGAAGACUCGGAAUGAUGAAACAUUGGCAGAAUUCCAA